UGAACACUUAUGGUUGUUUAUAUUAAUGUUUUUCUAUGGUAGAUGUAAUUUUCAUGCCUUUGAACAGGUCACAGAUGAGUUGUUUGAUGAAAUUGCAACCAAAGUUGUAAACGAAGAUGACUCGACAGUUGAAGUUGACCACAAUGCUGUUACUUCAAAUUACAAGGUAUCACCAUCUUCCUCUCCUGUCCCAACUCCUAAGCCUUCUGCAAGGGUACUAGUUCCAGGUAAAGCAAAGGAAUCCGACACUGUAGGUGUUGGAGAAAAAUCUAGUUCAAGCUCCCCUGGCAAUGUACUGGGCCUUGCAAAUUAUGCCUCUGAGGAUGAGGAUGAAAAUGAAGAUAAUGAAAUUCAAAGUUCCAGGAUGCCAGAUUCAAGGAGUAAUGCUGCUUUUGUGCUGUCUAGUGUUAAGAAGCUUUCACAAGACAAUGAUGCAUCAGAGAAUAGCAAGCCACAGGUAGAACUCGAUGAACACAAUGGAGUUGAAAAGAAUUUUGGAAGUGAUGUGGUGUGGUUAAAAAACAAUAGAGACAAAACUACUGCUGAAUUGAGUGAUAAUAGUGCAGAUAGGAACCAUGACAAUUCAUUUUCUUCCAAGGUGGUUUCUGGAGAUGAGAUUAAUUUUAGUAGUGGAAAACUGCAAGAAAGAAAUAAAGAUUCUGGGUUGAAUGAUACUUUAGGAGGGCAGGUGAUAAAGAAAUCUGAUUAUGGGCUGCCUGACACAAAUACUGGUAAAAGAUCAACAAAAUCUGAAUCUCAAGGUAGGGAAACGAGAUUAAAAUCAGACAAGAAUGAUCGACCUGAAAGUAGAAAGAGUUCUUUUCAGAAAGAUCCUGGUGGUGGUAGGGAGUUAGAGGUCAGGAGUAGGGAAUAUGAGAAGGGAGUUGAGAAUCAUCUGAGAGAGGAUGAGAGGCUUCAAAAGAAAAAGACAGAAGAUCGAAAUGGUUCAAAAGAGAGAGUAAAAGAGCAUAAGACUGGGGAAAAAGCUAAGGAAUCUGACAAAAGAAAAAGAUCCAGCCAGUUCGAUUUCAAGGAUGACAAGAAAGGUGCAGAGAAAUCUCAUAGAGCUAGUGCCAAAGAAGAUGUUGAUAGAAAAAGAGAACGAACAAAAGAAGAGGAUAGAUCAAGACAUAAACGUGGAAGUGACUCAAGCAGGCACAAGAGAAGACGCUCCUCGUCCAUUAGCAGUAGAGGCAGAAACAGCAAGGAUAACUCCAGUGGUCAUGCUAAUGACUCAAGUGAUGAAGCAUCAGAUGGUUCUAAGAGGAAGCUGCAUUCAAGAAAGCAACACUCUUCCCCUUCACCUGUCAGGUCUAGAAAAAGGUAACUGUAUCAUUACUUGAUCAAUUUUGUUCAUGUUUCGCAUAUUCUUUUUUUUAUGCAGCCUGAGCUUGUGGCAGGUUUGAUCUCUUCUGUCCUGAGGGUAAUUAUGGACUUCCUCCACUGAGAUCUUAAACUUUUGGAAAAUGGGUUUGUUGGUCGUAUGGAGAUACUGUCAUGAUAAUUAAAAUGAACUUAAUUAAUCACACAAAAAUGAACCUAAACUGAGGGCAUUCAUUAAGUGUUGUUCUUAUGAACAAGUGUACCAAGAAAGCUCAUUCAAAAUUGUUAAAGAAACAAUUACCUGUUUCAAAUACCAUUCAGUACACAAUGAUAUACUUUAACUUUCCUGGUGUGUUUAUCGCCUCAUAAAGCUCUUUGUUCAUAUUCAAAAUCUUUUGAAUGGGACUUCUGAUGAUCACCGCUUCUGUAUCCAAAUUCUUUUGUUGUUUUAGUGGAUGCUUUCCACAAGGCUAAUUUGUUAGUUUAAACUUUGAUUAUUGUUGUGUUGUCAAUUACAUGCCUAUUUGCUGACUCAAUAGAUGGUUGGGUGGUUUCUGGCUUUAUUCUUGGUUAGGUAUUUUUCACUGUAUUCAAUGGUCAAGCAGAUAUAGGUAUAACCUGUUGACCAAAUUGUCUUAUGUAAGCAACUCUAUGAAGAGACAUAAUAAAGUAUUUGGUUAAAUUAUUUACUGAGGUUUUUUUUUUUUUUUUGAAAAGUUUGUGUC